CACACAAUUCAUUUCGCUGAAAAAUAACAUUUUAAUUUUAUAUUCUUCUGUGGCCAAUUGCAUUAAUUUCUAAACACGUAUGGAUUCUUUGGUUACAUUUUAAAAAUGUGUCAUGUUCUAUUAAAUCAAAAUUAUUACAAUAAUACAAAUCCACGUUCUACAGAAAAGGUAAGAACAACUUUAUUUCUAAAAAAAAAAAAAAAUGAAAUCUCUAUACAUAAAAAUUAAUCCUUAUUUCUUUUGAUCGUCGCAUCACGUGAGAAUGGUUUGACCGAUUUUGUUGAUUUUUUUUUUUAAUGUAUUCGUAAUUAUCCGGGCAAAGUUUUUAUGAAAGAAAAUUUCUAAAAAGUUAACCGAAUAAGUUGAAAAAUUACAAAAACCUAUUAAUGAUGUCUUCGAGUUUUGAACUCAAUACCGUUGCACUAACAUUAUAAACUUUUUUUUUAGUUGUCUUUAUAUACCUAUUAUAUGGGCAGACCUAUGGUCUAAAUAACGUGCUUUAUUGUCAUUCCUUCAUCUCUUUGUAUAUGGUGACUAUAAUAAAUAUUGUUAAACAGCUGCAUCGGUCGGCAUCUAUCGAAAAAGUUAAUUUUUGAUUUUUUAUUUUUGAAUACACAAUUUAUUCAAUCUAAACGCAUACGCAGUUUUGAGUUUGUUGAGUGGAGUUUUUAUGAAGUUAAUUUACGCCUUAUAUUAAAAGUUUAAUUUAAUAUCGAUUUUUGGUAAAAAUUCUAGAGAAGUUUAAAAGACUCCCAAAUACUAAUGGCUCUAAAUUAUUAAAUUUAAUUUCCAAACACUAAAAGAUUAAUUCAUACAAAAUAAUUUCCUUGAAAUGAAAUUGUACGAAUAAUAAAAAAAAAUUACUUUCUAUUAAUUUUUUUUGUGGUGUUAGAAAAUUGUAUUUAUAAAUGAAAUCCAAUAGAAGGGGGAACUAUUAAACCCCUUUUAUUAUUUUUGUUUUUUUAUACAUACUUUAAGUGAUUUUUUUCAAGGCUUUUUGACAUUUUCAAGUGCUUUUAGUAGAUAUUAAAUACAAAUCCAGUCUCUAAUUAUGACAAUCGAGUUAAUUUUGUAUUAAUAAAAAUUAUUGGCAAAUAUGUACAUAAAGGUAUAAAAAAAACGGUAUGCUAUCUGCAAGUGGAGACUAUAAUACAGUGCAUGGACUCUCCCACUUCCAAGCGUCCCUACUCCGAGGAUGGUUAAGUUCCAUUUUCUUUGGAAUCCCCCAGAAAUUUGGUGUUUAGAAGUUUUUGGUAUGAAAAUCAUGAAAAAAAAACAAAACAGAUCACUUUUAGUCCGCCGAAAGUGGACUACCCACUUUCACAAAUUUGAUUUCAUUCAAUAUAGACACAGUCUAUACCAACAAGUAAUAUGGGUAAAACAAAUAAUAAAAAAAAGGCACAAGUAAUGACGCGCGGUAUAGCUAGUUAUUUUAAUAGAAUGGAGAAUUAUAAACUACAUCACUCAUUGGAAAUAAAAUAAUUUAACCAUAAAAACUAUUUGUUUUUUAUUUGUUACCUAAAUUUUUUAGGCUGUAUCGAGCAAUAGUCCUAAUGUAAUAUCGCGUUUAGUUUAUAACAAAUCGGUCUACUUUGGUCACCAAAAAAACUGUUUAAUGUAAGUACAACUUUCAAAUAAAAAAAAUUAAUUCUAAUUAUAAAUAAUACAUAAUAUCGUUAAAAGUAAAUGAUUUUUUAAAAACUUUAACUUUCCAUUGUAGCUCACAUGGAUUGAUGAUGCUAGUCGCAUUGCUUUUUAUAUUCGGACAAUCAGAGACGAAAAAUCCACUUUCAGUUAGGUCAAUUUCCGAUUCAAUUCGCGUAAACAGCUGUCAAAUUUCUCUGUGCGAAUCAAUGCCUAUUGGCAUGACUUACGAGAAUAAUGCGAUUGUUCUCAAAAGCACGUAUCAAACUUGGAUGGAUCUUAUACACUCAGCUAAAAGAACAAUUGAAAUAGCUUCGCUUUAUUGGACAUUAAAUGACCAAGAUUUUCCGGCUCACGAUGGUGCACAGGAAGUUAGUCUUUAUUUUCAAAUCAUUCUAUUUUAUUUUUAAUAGAAACAAGUCAUUUUAUUUUUUUUUUUUUUAUAUUUUGUUUUAUGCAGGGUAAAAAUAUUUUUAACGCUUUACUAGAAGCAGGGCGAGACCGAAACUUAACUCUCAAAAUAGCACGAAAUAUACCGUUUAACCGUUAUUCAUUCCAUGAUAUAAAUAUACUCCAGAAAGAUGCCCAUGCUCAGGUAAUUUAUAUAAACAUCUAUCUUCGAUUAAUUUAAUGCAUACAAAUUUAUGGCCUUAUAUUCUAGGUAGUAACUCUCAAUUUCACUAGUCUAUGGGGCAAUGGAGUAUUACACACGAAAUUUUGGUUGAUUGAUCGUACACAUUUUUAUGUUGGAUCGGCUAAUAUGGACUGGAGAUCGCUGACCCAAAUCAAAGAGAUCGGUGUUGUUGGAACGAAAUGCUCAAUUCUUGCCAACGAUGUUGGAAAAAUAUUUGAUGUAAGAAUUAUAUACUUUGAUAAUUUGAUAUAGGCGAAAUUAGGAGGGGGCUAUGGGGGCUUUAGUACGCCCAAAGCUAAAAAUAAGCACCCCCAAAAAUUUAUAAAAUUAAUAAUACUUCUAACAUUUUACUCAACAAAGUAUGAUAUGGAUAUUUUUUUGUUAUUUUACGUGAUAAUGGAAUAAAAAAAAGAUAUGAAUAAAUGAGUUCAGAAAUACUUGAUUAACUUAACUGACCUACUAACCUAGCUUUAGUGGUAAGAACUGUACUAAAUAGUAAAUAUACGAGUUGCAUGGCGUUUUUGCUUAGUGUGAUUAUUAAACGGCCAUUUUUACGAUUUGUNUAUUACAUGUAUCAUGUAAACUUGAAGAUUUAAAAAAGUUAGUAGUGCCGAUAACCACAAGGGCCGGUGAUGUGUCCAUAAUUAUAUUAAUCUCAAAUUUGGUAGUCUAGUUGUGCUAUUUAAUUAGAAAAUAUAUUUUCCAUAAUUUAUCAAGUUGAUAUAGAUUAAUAGUAGUUGGAUGUUUAAUAAAGGUUUACUGGCAAAUCGGAAAACAAGGAAAAAUUCCAGCGAAUUGGCCUGAUGUACUCAGAACUAAAAUCAAUAUUUCUAAUCCACUGCAUUGGUCUGACUCAAUUAACAACAAAUACAGCACAUUUAUCUCAGUGAGUAUUUUCCAGUUCGAUGAUCGAUUUUAUCUUUUUUAAUUUUUGAAUGAAAUUUUAAAUAUGUUUAUUUAGAGUUCACCGGCGCAAUUGUCACCGAGUGGAAGAACAAGCGAUCUAAGUGCUAUUCUAUAUUGUAUUAAUGAAGCGAAGCAAUUCAUCUAUAUUUCAGUUAUGUAUUUUUGCCCGCUGAGAAUUUAUUCGAUCGAAAAAAAGUUCUGGCCCGAUAUUGAUAACGCGCUGAAAUCAGCUGCAAUUAAUAAAAAAAUAACAAUUAGAAUUUUAAUAUCCAAGUGGAAGAGUGUAGAACCUUUUGAAGAUAUUUUCCUUACGUCGCUCGCUUAUUUGAAUAACAGUUUCAAGAAUGUUACAAUAGAAGUGGUGAGUUUUUUUUGAGAAAAUCAAUAUUUAUGAGUAAGCGUACACAGUAAUAAUUUCCAGAAAAAAUUUAUCGUUCCGACAAACUCUAGUUUCGAUAAUUUACCCUACGCACGAGUUAAGCAUGACAAAUUCAUGGUCACAGACAAAAUAGCUUAUGUUGGUACCAGCAAUUGGUCCGAGGAUUAUUUUAUCAAAACAGCUGGUAAUACAAGAUAUUUAAAAAAUUGUUUAUAUAUAUUUAAAAUUUCUUCUGUUCUGUAUUUAGUUUUAUAAAUAUUUUUCUAGGUGUUGGUAUAGUUUUUAAAGAUGUUGAUCAUUGGAAUAAUAACACCAUUCGAGAUCAACUUGAAGAAGUUUUCCUUCGAGACUGGAAUUCGAAAUAUGUUUUUCCGCUCAACGUAUCGAACCAGCCCAUUCCAUAAAUAAGCUUUAGAAAAUAUUAUUAUUGAUUUCAUUAAUCAGAUACUCUAGAGGUGAAACCUUUUUUUUAAAUUUUUAGAUGUUUUUUUUUUUUUUUAAUAGUAUUUUUAGAUUCUAAAGAAUAUAUUGGUUUUACA